AUGCCUUCUCAUACACACACAGCCAUUUUGGCCCUGGCACUAUCGAGUGCUUCGCUAUUUGCCUCCCCGGUUGGAGCUCGCCCUGUUGAGUUACAGGCUAGGGCUCCCGCAACUGAAGAGCAGUCUGCUGGGCUUUUGGCCCUUGGAGGCGGCUGCCCUCAAAAGAGAGAUGUUGAAGCCACUGAUCAGAUUUCCGGCGGAGGCUGCGAUGACGACGACGAUGGCUCCGGCAGUUCUGAUGCGAUGAUGGCUCUGGAGACAACAACGGUUCUGGGGGGCAAUGGCUCUGGAACCAAUAAUGGUUCUGGAAGUAACGGCUCUGGAAGCAACGGCUCUGGAAGUAACGGCUCUGGAAACAAUGAUGGUUCUGGAAGCAACGGCUCUGGAAGCAACGGCUCUGGAAGCAACGGCUCUGGAAGCAACGGCUCUGGAAGCAACGGCUCUGGAAGCAACGGCUCUGGAAGCAACGGCUCUGGAAACAAUGAUGGUUCUGGAAGCAACGGCUCUGGAAGUAACGGCUCUGGAAGCAACAACGGCUCCGGAGGCAGCGGAGGCAGUGGAAGCAGCAAUGGCUCUGGUGGCAGUGGAAGCAGCGGCAGCAACAACAACGAUAGCAAGAGUUCUUCUUCAUCAUCUUCUUCUUCGAAAGGUAAGAAGCCCAACGAAAUCGAUACCGACAGCAGCAGCGGCGACAACAAUGGAAGCACCAACACCGGCAGCGGCUCCAGCAUCUAUGUCAGCGAAACAAGCAGCAACAACAACAGCUCCACCACAAACAAAGACGAUGACAAGGAUGAUGACAAAGAUAAAGAUGGUGAUAGCAAAAGUUCAGACCCUGUGAGCUCGUUGCUCUCGAGUGUUUCGGGCUUGCUGGGUGGGCUUCUCGGACGCUAG